CUUCACACUUGAAAAAUAAGACCACACAGCUGAGAACCAAAGACCAACAUUUGAACAAGAUUGUAGUCCAAUAUUAUGGAGAAGGAAAACAAGCUAAAAGCAGAGACUUCAUUGGAAAAUCAGACGUUUUCAAAUCAAAUUCCAACUAGCUUUUCUUUACCAAACAUCUUUGAUAUGUUGUAUGAAACUGAAAAGGAUUCUUUAGAUACAAUAUUUGGUGCUCAUCUUCUUGAUUACUAUAAUACAACUACUACUCCUUCCAUUUUUGAUUUGCUCCAAACUCCAUUGCAAACACCCUUAUUAAUACCACCUCAAUCGUUGUUUACUUCAAUAUCUACCACUUCAACAUUUCAAGAAUCAUCUCCGGUGACGCCCAAUUCGCUGUCGAUCUCUUCAUCAUCACUUGAAGCUGCCGAUGAUGAUCAGCAGAGCAACACAGUAAAGCAAAAAAAUGAAGAGCAAGAUCAAGACAAGUAUAAGAAACAGUUAAAACCUAAAAAGAAGAAUGUCCAAAAGAGGCAAAGAGAGCCAAGAUUUGCAUUCAUGACCAAGAGUGAAAUUGAUCAUUUGGAUGAUGGUUACAGAUGGAGGAAAUACGGCCAAAAAGCAGUGAAAAACAACCCCUUCCCAAGGAGCUAUUAUCGUUGUACAACUGCAUCAUGUGGUGUAAAAAAGAGAGUGGAAAGAUCAAUCAAAGAUACUUCAAUAGUUGUUACAACUUAUGAAGGUACUCACACACAUCCAUGUCCCAUGACGCUGCGCGGUAGCACCGGCGUUCUGCCGCGAACCACCGCCUACUACGGUGGCGCCAUUGGUGGUGGUAAUGGUGGAGGAGGAACUUGUAGUAAUUCCUCUUUGUCUAUCCCACAACUUCAAUAUUAUCAAGAACAGGAGCAGCAAACAGUACUCCAUUUCCCUACUACAACUUCACAUUUAAAUAACUUUACCGUUGGUUAUACUUCUUUAUUUUCGACUAAUUCACUCGAAGAAAGAAGGUUCUCGCCCUCCCCUUAUUCUUCCUCUUUGACCGGAGACGAUGGGCUUCUUCAUGAUAUGGUGUCAUCACAGAUAAGAAGAGAUACUAAAGAAGAGUAGGAAAAGAGAGGCUUAAUUUCUUUUUAUAAUUCGUAUCUUAUUUCUUGCGCGGUUAAUUAAUUAGAAACUUUUUCGGAUAUCGUACAACGACUAGUUUAGUUAGCUUAUAGUUAACCUUAAUUAGCAAGUUCAUAUAUAAAUGGUGAUAUUCUUUCAUGUUGUAGAAUUCUUUCAAUGUACUCAAAUAGUUUAAUUCAAGGAUUUUGGACGUUCUUUGCAGUUUGUAUAUACAGUUAUUCCUAAUUUUAG